CCUCUCCGCUUGCCGUAGUUUAAAUCCUCUCGACCUCUGACUUGAUAUAAACUUCUCUACUUCCUGCUCGCUGUCCCACUCUUAUAGACCAAAAAGGCGAUGUUUUUGAAGGAAAAGGAUUAUAUUUCGAUUAAUUUGGAUUGAAUUUGAGCACAAGAUGAGCUGGAUUCCAUUCAAAAUCGGACAACCGAGGAAACAGAUUGUUUCAAAAACGGUUGAAAGGGACUUUGAGCGGGAAUAUGAGAAGCUCCAAAAGUUGGAAGAACAGACAAAGAAGCUGCAUAAAGACAUGAAGAAGAGCACAGAGGCUGAUUUGGCAAUGUCUAAAGCAGCAGUGAAGAUCUCAGGGGACUUGUUGAGCAAUCCAUUGUGUGAGCAGGAUCAGGCUUUUCUUGAAUCCAUGACUGCUCUGGAUACAGCCAUGAAGAGAAUGGAUGCGUUCAAUCAGGAGAAGGUCAAUCAGAUUCAGAGGACAGUGAUCGACCCUUUGAAAAAGUACAGCAGUGUGUUUCCCAGUCUAAACAUGGCGGUAAAACGCAGGGAACAGGCUCUUCAAGAUUAUAAGAGACUCCAGUCUAAAGUGGAGAAAUAUGAAGAAAAAGAGAAGACGGGGCCCAUCAUGGUCAAACUCCAUCAGGCCAGGGAAGAACUGAAGCCUGUCAGGGAAGACUUUGAAGGCAAGAACAAGCAGCUAUUGGACGAGAUGCCCAAGUUCUACAACAGCCGCAUCGACUACUUUCAGCCCAGCUUUGAGGCUCUGAUACGAGCUCAGGUGGCCUAUUUUACCGAGAUGCACAAGAUUUUCACUGAACUGACGGAUCAGAUCGAUCAAGGCGGUUUGACGGACGAACAGAGAAAGCAAGAGAAUGAGGCCAAACUGAACGAGUUGCGUGCACUGUCCAUUGUGGCCGAUGACUGAGAACGAAAACAUCCUGUUACCCACGUUUUUAUGACGUCACGUCAACAUUUAUUUAUUUUUUCCUUUUUUGUUUGUUCAUUUUUUGUUGAUGUAGAAGUCUUGUUUUGAAUAUCUCUGCCAGAUGAAGCCAUCACAAAAACACUAAUGAUACUGUAAAACUUUUUUUUUUUUAACAGAAAUCGUGUUCAGUUUCUCAUUUAAGCAUGAAACUUAGAUUCUAAGCUUGAAUUAAUUACCUGUUCUUUUUUCCAGUUAUUUCCUGUUAUCUCAGACUUCCUAAAUGUUUAAUUUUUCUAGUCUUCCCAGUUCUUUUUGUCAGUACAACUGAUCAACGGUUGAAUUUCUAACAGGUAGUUUACAUGUUUAAAGCUUUCCCAUUCAACAGAGGCUAAAUUAAUAUUCAAAUUAUAUGCUAAAACUUAUGAUUAACAUUUUGUUUGUUGUCUGUAGAGUUCAAACACUACAAUAAGAUGCUCAUCAGCUUUUUUUUAUUUUUUUUUUUUUUUAAAGAAUUUUAAAAACUAGUGCAACACUGGAGUAGUGCAGAGAAUUUUUGAUGAUUGAUAUUUUGGAAAAAUGUUACAGUGUGACUGUCAGUUAACAGAAAUCACAUUAGCCUUGAGAUCAGCACUGAGUAUCAUGCUUUAAAUGAUACUCUGCCUCCCUCUACUGACAAAUGUGAAACAUUUUUCUUAUUUGCUUUUGUAUCUGACCUGUGUUUGUGCUCAUUGUAUUUGUAAUGAAGGAAAGACCAGUUUAAUUAUAUUUAACAGUCGUCUUACAGCCAUAAUACAUGAGGGCCAAUUAUUAAAGCCAGACAUUUUAAUCUCAGUGUCGAUGUUGUGUAUAGCAUCAGUUACUGACAAUCACUAUAUAGUGAAGUUUUUAAACUGGAAGAGCCUUGAUUGUAUCAACAGAAUUGUUUUGGUUCGGUUUGACGUUAAUAUUUAAAUCAGAUUAUUAAUGUGCCUUCACAGUAGGUUAUGUUGCUCACUAUGGUCCAGUGUAAACAAAUUCAGUGUAAGUCCCUUUGGAUAAA